AUGCCUGCGCAGGCUAAUCCACAUACGGCACACGCAACUUGGGCACGCCAGGAUUUUCCUUUACGUCGCCACUUUGUGCGCCCAAAGAUGGCUCUAGUAUCCGACCGUCGAUUAGUUGCUUCAUCAAGUGUGGAUACAGUCGAGGAUGUCGAUGCCGUUGAUGUCGUUGGCAUCAGCAACUCGUCAGUUGCUAACGUGCAGGGAGUCAAUGGGGCUGUGGAAACAGAUGCUGCAGUAUAA